AUGUCGUCUAUUUUACGUUUGGGAUCGACGGAACAAGUUGAAAUUCCUGGUGGACACAGGUGUGCGGCCAUCAGCGUGGUACCCCUUCAGAACGACCACACCGCUAAGCCCACCCUGAUCAAACUACGAGCAGCGAAUGGUUCCGCGAUAGACACGUACGGAGAAAGGACCCUUACUUUGAAUAUCGGCAUGCGACGCGAUUUCACUUGGACAUUUACCGUGGCCAACGUGAAGUUACCCAUCCUCGGCGCGGAUUUCCUGGCGCAUUACGCACUGGCGGUCCAUAUGAACCCUAGGACUCUGUCCGAUACGACGACGAAUCUCCGUGUCUUAGGUGCCCCCUACACGUCAAGGCUCCACAGGAAUCAGCGUCGCAACAUGCCAUGGUCGCGAGUACUUAGAUCUCCUGACGCAGUUCACGGAUAUAACGCUGCCACCCAAGUAACGGCUUCAGGUGACCAUCAGACUCAGCACCACAUCAGAACCCGAGGUCCUCCCGCACACUCCCAUCCGCGACGACUCGCUCCGCACAAACUGGCGUACGCCAAGGAGCAAUUCGACAAAAUGCUCAGUGAUGGCAUCAUUCGUCCUUCCGAUAGCCCUUAUGCCUCGCCACUACACUUAGUGCCUAAACCUGGUGGUGAAGAAUUUCGGAUAUGCGUCGACUAA